AUGAGCGAGGAGUAUUCUGCGAUGGAUGUGAAUCAAGUGAAUGUUGGAUGCUGUGGUGGAACGGUCAAGGUAUGAGUUUGUCAUCUAUUGGUGUGAUGCGCAAUUUAACGCCUUCUUUUACCAUUAAAACUGGUGUUAGAAGAUUUAUGAUUGUUUUUGAAGGAAGCAUCAAUUCUACAUAAAAUAAUGUUGUUUGAUGCUUAAACUUCACUUUUUGUCGAAAUUUAUGCUAGAUAUUUUAUUCUUACAAUCUGAGAAGGCUGCGAAAAGAAGUGAGAGAUUUUUUUUUAAUUCUCCGCAACAUUUUUUUUUUAUUAUCUAUUACAGAAACUUAUAACCUCGAUUUUUAGCAAGUGGUCACCCGAGUUGGAAUCGUUGGAUGUAUCCUCAGUCUUCUGGCGGUGGUCGAGUUGUUCACUGGAGGCCAAUAUUCUUCUGGCAACCUGAUCUACUUCAUCUUCUGUCUCCUUCUCAUCUAUGGAGCACGUUCUAAUAAGCCGAUGUAUUUUUGGCCUUUCAUGGUAUACAAUGUAAGUUUGUGAACCUUGUAGUGGCUUGGAGUUUUUGUUAUGAAUUUUAGGUCCUAAACGAGGAGUUGGAGAAGUUUAGAGAAAAAAUUGGGUCUUGCCACGAAAACAAUUUGUUUUGAAAAAUAGUUUCUGUGGGGUUUACAAGGGCAAGAUUGGUUGCUACGAUAAUUUUUGGUUAAUUCCAGGCCCUUCUGAUCGUCGCCAACAUCCUCGCCACCGUCGCUAUCAUUGUUCUGUACUUUGCCGCCAAGUCCCAUCACAAGAAGCAUGAGGACGUCGACAAUGCCUGGGUUCUGGCCGUGGCCACCGUGAUCCUCGUUCUGAUCACUUUCUUCAACAUCUUCUUCGAACAUGUCAUCGUCACUUGCUACAAAACGGUCCGCAACAGUGGAAAUCUGAUGAUCAAUGUCUGAAUGUACAUACGAUAUUUUUGUUUCACUUAUUCUCAGUUUUAUAAUGGUUGCAUAAUAAAUUAUUCGUUUUAUAAGAUGAGUUUGAUUUUGUUACCGGGGCGGUUCUAAUCACUCAUGCAAAAUAGGAGCACUUUUCGAUCUCUUGGCCGAAAGUAAACAAGGCGCAUGUUGAGAUGUAAACUGUAUAUAAAAAUUCGUUGAGUCAUACUUGUAAUUUUGCUUGAUCAAGAGAAGCCCAAUCCGGUACUUGGAUGCAAAACAAAAAAGACUAAACUGAGCUCAUUUUCGAGGCCUUUGUUCCGUUAAUCUGUUUCUUGACUCUUUUUUCGAAACGCUUCCUCACACUUUUUACUUUACUGGUUCGCAAAUGAUUUCUUCAUUUUCUAAAAAAACAAACGUCGCAAAAAUGAUGACAAUUUGUCCCUUAUAAACAGUGAAUUUUACUGCAUUCUCGGCCAGUUUUGAGGCCAAUAUCUCAUCGAGAUGAGGAUGAGUGACAAAAACUGUUUGCUGGAUGUGAAUCGAGUCAAGAUUGGAUGUCUUGAAGGCACGGCUAAGGCAAGGCUUUAGAUUAUGGAUGGUUUCCAAUGUAUACGUUAAAAAGUUACCGUUUUUGGGGGGUAAAUAUUUUAGGGAAAGAAAGAAAAAUGUAAAUUUUCUUUUUGUAAACAGUACGUCUAUUCUGCUGCUAAUACAGUUCCAAAAACCUUGAAUGACUCUCGAAGAAAUAAACCAAAGGCCUUUCCUUCCAAAUGCUUUCUUACGUCAUCAAAGUCAUCAUUCUUUAAACCCUCAAUUUUCAGCAAACCGCGAUUGGAGUUGGUACACUUGGAUGCAUCCUCAGUAUCGUCGCUGUGAUUGCGUUGCUCAUUGAUUGCCAAUAUUCUGUCUGCAGCUUGAUCUACUUCCUCGUUUCCCUUCUUGUCAUUUUUGGAGCUCAUCUCGACAAUCGGUUCUACUUUUGGCCCUUCUUGUUUUAUAAUGUAAGUUAUUUAUUUUUUGCUUUUCUGCUAUGUUUAGGCCCUCAACUAAGCACAAAUAAAGAAACUCACAGUAGAAGUCAACAGCUAAUUAUAUUAUUUCCAGGGACUCCUCAUCAUAGUCAACUUCCUAGCCACGGUCUCUGUGAUCGUCUUGUACUUCUCGUCCAGACCUCAGCAUCAUCGUAAUCCGGAUGUAAGCGACGCGUUGGUCCUUGCAGCAGUUGCUUUUGUUUUGGUCCUCAUCACUCUGUUCAACAUUCUUGUUGAAUAUGUCAUUGUCAUCUGCUACGGAAAGACGCGCAGCAAUCGAGAUUCUACAGACGAAAUCGCCAGGGUGUAA